GUGUAAUAAAGAUACACAAUAGGGGAUUUCAAUAUAAGAAAAAGGCAUGUCCCGAGCCCGACUUGAACGACAACAAUGGCAUCCGGAACUCAGAGGCCCACAACACAUAACCGUGUUCUAUUUUUAUUCUUAUCUUUCGUAAAUUUCGAACCCUUAAACCCAAAUCUAAAAUCAUAAAUAACAUCAAAUUUUAUUUAAUUAUCAUUUAAUUUAUUCACAAGUUCGAAAAUUAAAAGUUAAAAACCAUCAUUACAUUCUUGCUUUCAAAACUUGUGAAGAUCAAAACAUUAAAUGUUUUUUUUUUUCCUUUUUUUUCAUUUUUUUCAUUUUUUUGUGUGACUUGUAAGGAUUUGGACCAUAUGAAUGGAAACUUAAAAGCAAAACAGGAAAAACAAUAAUUUUCUUUUAUACUAAUUUAAUAAUUUAAUAAACAGUAAAAAAACGUUUUUUUAGUUCUAAAAAACAUAUAAAAAAAAGAAAAACCUGCAGCCAAGAAACCUAAGAUAAAAAGACAGAGUGCGAGUCUGUGAGAUACGAGUGGCGCCCAAAUUCUCUCACAACAAUUUUCUUCAAAAUCAAUCAAUUUUGCUUCAAUUUUCAUCAGAAUGGGGACAACAAGUGACACUAAAUACGGGUCAUUCACCUACGAGAAUCUCGAGAGGGAGCCAUACUGGCCGUCUGAAAAGCUUAGGGUUUCCAUAACCGGGGCGGGUGGAUUCAUCGCAUCACACAUUGCUAGACGUUUGAAAACCGAGGGGCAUUACAUUAUUGCUUCUGACUGGAAGAAAAACGAGCACAUGUCGGAAGACAUGUUUUGUCACGAGUUUCAUCUUGUUGAUCUUCGUGUGAUGGAUAAUUGUCUGAAAGUGACGGAAAACGUCGAUCAUGUGUUUAAUUUGGCUGCUGAUAUGGGUGGUAUGGGGUUCAUUCAGUCGAAUCAUUCGGUUAUUAUGUAUAAUAACACUAUGAUUAGCUUUAACAUGCUUGAGGCUGCCAGAAUCAGCGGAGUCAAGAGGUUUUUCUACGCCUCUAGUGCUUGCAUUUACCCUGAGUUUAAGCAGUUGGAAACCAAUGUGAGCUUGAAGGAAUCCGACGCGUGGCCUGCUGAGCCUCAAGAUGCUUACGGUUUGGAGAAACUAGCGACCGAGGAAUUGUGCAGGCACUACACUAAAGAUUUUGGAAUCGAGUGCCGAAUUGGACGUUUUCAUAACAUUUAUGGACCAUUUGGCACAUGGAAAGGUGGAAGGGAGAAAGCACCGGCUGCUUUUUGCAGAAAAGCGCUUACGGCAACUGAUAAGUUUGAAAUGUGGGGAGACGGGCUACAAACCCGAUCGUUUACCUUCAUUGAUGAAUGUGUUGAAGGUGUCUUAAGAUUGACAAAAUCAGACUUUCGUGAGCCCGUUAAUAUCGGAAGUGAUGAGAUGGUAAGCAUGAAUGAAAUGGCUGAAAUUGUUCUCAGUUUUGAGGAUAAGAAGCUCCCGAUUCAUCACAUUCCGGGACCCGAAGGUGUACGUGGUAGAAACUCGGAUAACACUUUGAUUAAGGAAAAGCUUGGGUGGGCCCCUACCAUGAGAUUAAAGGAUGGAUUGAGAAUCACAUAUUUCUGGAUCAAGGAACAAAUUGAGAAAGAAAGAGGUGAAGGUUUCGACCUAUCGGUUUACGGGUCGUCGAAAGUGGUCGGUACCCAAGCGCCAGUCCAGCUCGGGUCUCUCAGGGCCGCCGACGGCAAAGAAUAAGUGUGGUAUCCUCAUGUCUUAAUUUCAAGAUUAUUCUGCAUGUUUGUUUAUGAUGCAUACAUAUGUGUAAUCUUUCUAGCUAUUUAAGAGCUCUGCUACUUUUGCAUGGUAACUUAGUUUCGAUUUUUUUCGUAUGAAGCAUGUCGUUAUUAUCAUAAAUUUUAUGACGAAACGUUAAAUGAUUAGAUCGUGCUCGUAAAAUUGAUGGUUAAA